AGAAUAAGGAAGGGAUGAUGAGCAUGUGUGGACUGGUAGAUAGAAUAUCAACGGUGGAGAAUUAUAGAAACAAAAAAGGAAAAGAUCUUACGGUCAUAAGAUUAGCUUCAAUCCUAAGUGAAAACCCCCUCCAAUUUUUUUUUUUUUAUCUUUCUCAAGUUUCCCAAUAAGGAAAAACGAAAAAGACAGCCAGUAAUAAAUAGCGUAGCGUCAUUCCUAAGCAACAAAGCCUCACAACUAUGUUUUUAAAACCCUCUCGUUCGUCGCCUUGUUUCGAUCUCCUCUCGCAAACCCGAAACUAAAAAUGGCUAUACCUAAUCAGCAAAUCGUCCAUAAUGGAGGCACAGAAGAGAUCUUAUCAGUGAAUGAGGAUAAGAAGAAACCUGCUCGUGGUGGUGGUAAGCGAAAGAGGACCACCAAGAAGGAAAUUGAGAAGAAAGGUGUAAAGAAAGCCCGAGCGACCAAAACAAAGGAAGAGCCUGAGUACUUUGAAGAGAAACGUAAUCUGGAAGAUUUGUGGAAGGUUGCAUCUCCGGUGGGAAUUGAGUGGGAAGAAUUUGAUAAUCUUUAUAAAUGCAAUUGGCAGUUCAAAAGUCUUGAAGAAGCAUUAGAGGAAGGAGGAAUGCUCUAUGGGAAGAAAGUCUUUGUUUUUGUCGUCACUCCAGAACCUCAGUUGCUCACCUACAAAGAUGCUGUCAAGGUUGUCAAUAUCCCAACAGUUAUAUAAUGUAUAGCGUUAGAGCAUUUUGACUGGGAAGCAUCAUCUUGUGGUGCUAGUUCGCCUUUCAUUAACGGAUACCUCGGGAAAGCUGAUCAAGUUUUUGAUAUGGAAACUUCAGAACCAAGAAAUAGCUCAUCAAGUCAUUCGAUAUGGAAUCUUCAGACAUAGCUUUUAUGCCUAUAUAGUUAGAAAAAGCCAAGUUUGAGUCACUCUUUAUUUUUUUUAUUAAUGAGUUUCUCUACUCUCGUUUAGAAAUACAUCAGUAGUAAUAAGUAUUUUCCAAUCCCCUAAGAAGCUGUGGGAUGAUUGACCUUGUAACAUAAGUUCUUGCAAGCAAGCCCCUCCUUGAUU